UGCAGCGGAGCCGCGGAGCGGGCGGCGGGGCCGGGGCAGUGCGCUCGGCGCGCGCGGAAUGUGAGGCUCGGCGGGCCGUAGCGCGCUCGGACGCUCGGACGAGCGAGGGGCGGCGACCCCUCGCGGACGCCCGGCCGCGUGCCGGACCGGGCACUCACCCUCUCGCUCGCCCUUGCGCGCGCCCCGCGCCCUCCAGCGCGCCGGCGGGACCAUGAAGAAGUUCUCUCGAAUGCCCAAGUCGGAGGGCGGCGGCGGCGGCGGUGGAGCGGCGGGUGGCGGGGCCGGCGGGGCCGGGGCCGGCUCUGGUAGCUCGUCCGUGGGGGUCCGGGUGUUCGCGGUCGGCCGCUACCAGGUCACCCUGGAGGAGUCACUGGCCGAAGGUGGAUUCUCCACAGUUUUCCUGGUGCGGACUCAUGGUGGACUCCGCUAUGCAUUGAAGCGAAUGUAUGUCAAUAACGCGACAGACCUCAACAUUUGUAAAAGGGAAAUUACAAUUAUGAAAGAGCUGUCUGGUCACAAAAAUAUCGUGGGUUAUUUGGACUGUACUGUUAAUUCAAUUAGUGAUAAUGUAUGGGAAGUGCUUAUCUUAAUGGAAUAUUGUCGAGCUGGGCAGGUAGUGAAUCAGAUGAAUAAGAAGCUGCAGACAGGUUUUACAGAACCAGAAGUGUUACAGAUAUUCUGUGAUACCUGUGAAGCUGUUGCAAGGUUGCAUCAGUGUAAGACUCCAAUAAUUCACCGGGAUCUGAAGGUGGAAAAUAUUUUGUUGAAUGAUGGUGGAAACUAUGUACUUUGUGACUUUGGCAGUGCCACAAAUAAAUUUCUUAAUCCUCAGAAAGAUGGAGUUAAUAUAGUAGAAGAAGAAAUUAAAAAGUAUACAACUCUGUCAUACAGAGCCCCUGAAAUGAUCAACCUUUAUGGAGGGAAACCUAUCACCACCAAGGCUGAUAUCUGGGCCCUGGGAUGUUUGCUGUAUAAACUUUGUUUCUUCACUCUUCCUUUUGGUGAGAGUCAGGUUGCUAUCUGUGAUGGCAGCUUCACCAUCCCAGACAAUUCCCGUUACUCCCAUAACAUACAUUGUUUAAUAAGGUUCAUGCUUGAACCGGAUCCAGAAUGUAGACCUGAUAUAUUUCAAGUGUCAUAUUUUGCAUUUAAAUUUGCCAAAAAGGAUUGUCCAGUCUCCAACAUCAAUAAUUCUCCUAUUCCUUCAGCUCUUCCUGAACCGAUGACUGCUAGUGAAGCAGCUUCUAGGAAAAGCCAAAUAAAAGCCAGAAUAACAGAUACCAUUGGACCAACAGAAACCUCAAUUGCACCAAGACAGAGACCAAAGGCGAAUUCUACCACUGCCACUCCUAGUGUGCUGACCAUCCAAAGUUCAGCAGUACCUGUUAAAGUCCCAGCUCCUGGUGAAUUCAGUAACCACAGACCAAAAGGAGCGCUGAGACCUGGAAGUGGCCCUGAGCUCUUACUGGGUCAGGGGCCCGCUCAGCAGCCUCCACAGCAGCAUCGAGUACUUCAGCAGCUACAGCAGGGGGACUGGAGGUUGCAGCAGCUGCAUCUGCAGCAUCGUCAUCCUCAGCAGCAGCAGCUACUUCAGGAUGCUUAUGUGCAGCAGUAUCAACAUGCAGUGCAACAGCAGCAGAUACUUCAACAACAGUUUUUAACGCAUUCAGUAUAUCAGCCGCAACCUUCCACAUCACAGUAUCCUACAAUGAUGCAGCAGUAUCAGCAGGCUUUCUUGCAGCAGCAAAUGCUAGCUCAACAUCAGCAGUCUCGACAACAGGCAUCACCAGAGUAUCUCACUUCCCCUCAAGAGUUCUCACCGGCCUUAGUGUCCUACACUUCAUCACUUCCAGCUCAGGUUGGAACCAUAAUGGACUCCUCUUAUAGUGCCAACAGGUCAGUUGCUGAUAAAGAGGCAGUUGCAAAUAUUACAAAUCAGAAGAACAUCAGUAACCCACCUGAUAUGUCAGGGUGGAAUCCUUUUGGAGAGGAUAAUUUCUCCAAGUUAACAGAAGAGGAACUGUUGGACAGAGAAUUUGACCUUCUAAGAUCAAACAGGCUCGAGGAGAGAGCAUCCUCAGAUAAGAAUGUAGAGCCACUUUCUGCUCCACAUAACCAUCCUCCAGAAGAUCCUUUUGGUUCUGUUCCUUUCAUUUCUCACUCAGGUUCUCCUGAAAAGAAAGUUGAACAUUCAUCCAUGAAUCAAGAAAAGAGCACUGCAAACCCUAUCAAGAAUACAAAAGCAAGCCCAGUAUCUAAAGACCACCGGACUGGAAAGAAACCCCCAGAGAAUCCGUCAGUACACGGUCCAGUGCAGAAGGGGAACGAUGAAUCCGAGAGUGAUUUUGAGUCAGACCCCCCUUCUCCCAAGAGCAGCGAAGAGGAAGAGCAAGAGGACGAAGAAGUUCUUCAGGGGGAACAGGGAGAGUUUAACGAUGACGACACGGAGCCGGAAAACCUGGGUCACAGGCCUCUGCUUAUGGAUUCUGAAGAUGAGGAAGAAGAAGAGAAACACAGCUCCGAUUCGGAUUACGAGCCGGCCAAAGCCAAGUACAGCAGCGCAAGCCCGGGCUACAGAGACACAGCCGGCAGUGCAGCGAUCCAGGACCCGAGCGCAGCACUUCUCUCGCCCACGCAGUUACCCUCGGACGUGGGAGCGGGGGCUCCCGGACCGGAGUUCGAUGUCUUCGGCGCUGUCCCCUUCUUUGCUGCGCGUGCUCAACAGCCCCGCCGAGGGGAGCCGGAGCAGGACCCCUGCCCCCAGAGCCGGCUUCCCGCCGCGGGGCUGGAGCCGGAGGAGUUCGAUGUCUUCACAAAGGCGCCCUUCAGCAAGAAGGUGCCCGUGCCCGACGCGCCCGCUCUCCCCGCUUGUCCGCAGAGUGUGGAUAUAUUUGGCUCCACUCCGUUCCAGCCCUUGCCCGCAUCAGCAAGUAAAAGCGACAGCAACGAGGACCUUUUUGGGCUGGUGCCCUUUGAGGAGAUAACCGGCAGCCAGCAGCAGAAAGUCAAGCAGCGCAGCUUGCAGAAACUGUCCUCCCGCCAGAGGCGCACGAAGCAGGAGGCGGCCAAGAGUAACGGGAAGCGGCACCACGGCACGCCCACCGGCGCCAAAAAGCCGGCCAAGCCCGCCUACCGCACCCCAGAGAGGGCCCGCAGGCACAGGAGGGUGGGCCGCCGGGACUCCCAGAGCAGCAAUGAAUUUCUGACCAUCUCGGACUCCAAGGAGAACAUCAGCGUUGCCCUGACCGACGGGAAGGACAGAGGGCACGUCCUGCAAGCCGAUGAGGGUCUGUUGGACCCCUUUGGGGCCAAGCCGUUCCACCCCCCGGACCUGCCGUGGCACCCCCCUCAUCAGGGCCGGAGCGACAUCCGGGCCGACCACAACCCCGUCCUGCCCGGGCGGCCCAGGCCGAAUUCACGCCACGGGUCGUUCCCCGGGGCAGAUGCGUUGAAAAUGGAUGAUUUUGGUGCCGUGCCCUUUACAGAACUCGUGGUGCAAAGCGUCACCUCACAUCAGUCCCAACAGGCCCAGCCAGUCGAAUUGGACCCAUUUGGUGCUGCUCCGUUUCCUUCUAAACAGUAGAUAACUUCUGAUGGACUCUUCUUAUUAACUCCUGUUGCAAAGAAAAAAGUAUGAAUAGUUUUAUGAAUUUGAAAGAAAAUUUAUUUGUAUAGCUCUUUAUAUCAUUCAUUCUUACAGGUCAAUCAGCAUAGGUGAUUUUUAAAUAAACCAAAUAGAAAAAGGAAGUAUCUGCACAGGGUAGCAACUCCACGUCUCUUCCACGCAGGAGCAAAGGGAGCGAAAUGGCAAGCUCUAACCUGGGGUUUCAGCUGCAGAUGUGAAGGCACAGAAGUCCAGGGGAAGCGUGUGGGCCCUUUCCAGUCGUGUGGUCCCUGAAAAGGGACUGGAAAGCUGCAGCUUUAUUUUUAUAACAGAAUGUCACUUUUGUGUGCGUAUCCGAGGCUCAUUCCAGAAUCCAGCAUUUAAAACUAAGGUUGUUUGUACAUACACAAGUUGCAUUUGUGGAUUUUUUUUUAAAGGUCUCUUCUAAUUUCCACAUUGGGGGAAAAAAAAAAAAAUCCACUUCUCAUAAAGAAUGAGGAAGUUAUUAUCUGGAGAGUGCAGAGAUUUUAGUCCUUACACCUUUCUCUACAAAGCGGAGCCAGAGGUCACUGACUGUUGUGCCUAAAACUGUUUCAUUUAAAAAAACAAGUGCCAUUAAUAUGGAAUAUCUAUGUAGACACCUUGAACAAAAACUAAAGAGAGAUAUCUGACAGGUGGAAAAAUGUAGAGAAAAAACAUGAUACAAAGAAAAAAACACUCUACUUCAGGAACACUUUAUGUUCUGGUUUUGAAUGGCUUCUUGCUCAAAACUUAUCAUGUCCCUAGUAAAGCAGAUUAUUGGAAAAACUGGGAGUGAGGACAAGGGUCAUAUAGAGAUUUUAUUUUAGGGAACAAUAUGUAGCUAAAACCCUGAGCUUUUGAGACGUUUACAAUGUAAAAUCAUGUUGCAUUUAAUAAUGUGCUUUAUUAAAUUACCACCUUCGCCAACUAUUCCCCAAGUCGUGAGCAGCAAUUUCUGAGUUAGGUCUGGAGGGUGGAGUAGUUUUAAUAAAGUGCACGGAACAGCGAAACCCACAAAGCCUUACCAGCAGGACUCGCGCAUCCUGCCGCAAAUACCUCUGCACUAGUAACAGGAGAUCUGAGAGUGGCUGUGAGGUGUCAGAUGACCAGGGGCUAGCAUCUCGACUCUGCUAGUUAGCUGAUUGUGUCUUUAGUGAAAAGAACCCAGCUACCAAAUUGCCUUUUUCUUAACAUCACAAAUCCUAAUUAGAAACUUGAGGUUUUAUAGAAGUUGUUUAAUAAGAUAGAAAUCACGUCUAUGAAUUAAUGUGAAUAGAGUAUCUGUGCUUCCUGUGUCUCCAACUAUUUUAAGUUAUAAUUAACUGUCCUUCCCUAUCAAAUUAACAUUUAGAGGUUUCUAGAACCAUUAAAGCUAUUUACAAAAAAAGGGUGAAAACUCUUUUUCAACUGGCACUCUCCUCGAUUGCUCUAUUUUAAAUUAACUCUCUUUGAGCCCAAUUAAAAUGUAUUUUAUGAGUAAUCAUACUAGAGUCUCUUAAUUAUAGUGCCCCAGUUGGGUUGAGCUAUUUGCCCGUUUUCACAGUUCUAAACUUGGAAAGAAGCAAAGUAUACGUAACUAAACCAUCUAUUUUUUAUUGCUUCUCUCUUUUUUAUGUUUUAAAUCAGAUACAACUUUUGUGGACAAAGGGGGAAGCAGUAUGUGAAUCAGAGUGAAGCAGAGGCAGACCAAGCAUGACAUUCAUUACUGCUUAAAAGCUGUACUUUUAGAGCCCAAGUGCACCAGUUACUUGUCCUUGUGCCAAAGGCAAAUAUUAUGUUUGCACCUUUUUUUUUUUUUUUCUGAUCCUCAGGUUGAUUAAUACUGCUAAUGCAAAUGCUCAAGUAGA